AAGAGCAGUGAGUGCGCGUGCUCGCUCCCAGGAGAGGUUAUAGCCGCUUGGCAGCGGGAGCGCGCGCUACCGAAACGCGCCCAACUUUGUAGGCGUCUGCCAUACAGGAAUGAGUGUGCACGCAGAUGAAACAAAACACCAGAAAUGGUAAGAUGACCAGAGGCCGUCAACAUUUCUAAAGUCGGUGAAACCCAAACCAAGAUUUCUUUGACUCAACGCUGUCCGCCCACAUCUUCUCCCGGGCCCUGAAUCCACACUUUAGUCCCACUCGAUCGAUAGUACCAAUCUUACGAGACAUUUUCUCAACAUUUCUGUCUGUGAAAACACAUACGGAGCCAAGCAGAAAGAGCACAGCUCAUCUGACUCAUCAAACUAAUGUACAACUACUACUAGAGAAAAAGUCGCCCAGUAAUUAAACUGCAGUUUUUUUUCUCUUGGAUUAUUUAACACUCAUAGUGGCCAGUUUCACAUAUUGAUCCAUUGCUCUUCUGGUAUGAUUAGCCAUUUCUCUUCUUUACUUCCUACGUACAUGUUCUGCCACUAGCCAGAAAUAGAAAAAUGUGCCGUCAGGUCAUUCGCGGCUUGAAGUUUGCUUUAGUGUGAAGUGAUAUCCAGCAUGGACAGCAACAGUAAACUACUGUAUAUCCCAUCUGGAGCCAAUUAGCCACAUCCCUGCAGCAUAGAGCAAGCAAAGCCAUUGUGUGACUCGAGUCCCUGCACACAUCGGCUGUUUUUAUUCGCUAGGGCAGCCUGUUGUGUCAUGUUCAAUCUCCUCACGCCUUGUCGGUUGAGGACCGGAUAAGAUGUGACAGGUCUAAAAUAAACAGGCCCAUCAUUUCAACCCCUCUAGGAGCAGCGAGACCCCGGCUGUGUCCGGAUUGCUCCACUUGUGUCAAUUUGCAUCCAGGUGCGCGUCCGUCACGCGGUCGAGGGUUGCGACUUUGACCUUGAGGUCGCCGUCCCAAUCUGGCCAAUCUUUCCGUACACCCCACCCUCCAGACAGCCUGCAAGUUCUGUCGUCGCCAUCCCUGGAGGAUGAGCGAUGUUUCCACGUUGGACUAUGAGCUGUUUUCACCGGGGCCGUCUUUCUCAGGGGUCACCAGCGGCCCAUCUCUUGGCGGAGAUUCCGAACAGAGGACUGCUUUUGCUUUUGUAGGCCUCCUGAUGUUGUUUUUGAUUUUCCUGUUGGUGCGAUGCUUUCGGAUUUUGUUGGACCCUUACAGCCGCAUGCCUGCUUCGUCUUGGACGGACCACAAGGACGGAUUUGAGAGGGGCCAGUUUGACUACGCCCUGGUUUAGCAUUGUGACCUAAAGUCAUCUCAACGCUGCCUUAACCCAAACUGUGCCCUGUAGCUUAACUGGCUUUGUGGAAGCCACUUUCUCACCACAUAAAAGGGUCGUACGCUGGUUCCUCAGGGCACAAAACCACCAUCCAGAUUAUAGAUUAGUAAUUCAGAGGUCUAUAAAUUUAGGCUGCCCUGCAUGAAACUCACUGUGAACUAUACCUAGAGUUCUCAAUGUAGAUGUAUUAUCAUUAUGUAUCCAGGAUAUUAAAUCUCAGACAAAACGUAAUCAGGGUCGAAGGCAUAUUUAAUCUUUCGUUGUGUAACGUUUCGUCUGAUUUCGAAUACGUCUUUAAGAAAACCUUCAGCAUUGUUGGAUUUCUGCCAUACGUCUGACAUCUGCUGCCUUCCACAGACAAUUUCUGAACUCUGUGAUUUAUAUUCUUGAAGACGUCCCUGAUUUGCGCUCUCAAGGUUGUUUACAGGAAAGAAAUACCCUUUAAUACUUUAUUAUAACGAAGUGUCGGUCCUUGUCUUGAAUUACAUGUAUACAUGCCAUAUGUUUUCUUGAAAUUGUCACUGUUGUAGGAUAUUUGCUUUUCUGCCAACUAAGCUCUGUAAAACGUACAGUAAAAGCAACAGAAAUGCUUUAUUUUUGUAUUCUGACUCGGGAGUUCCCUUUUGGUAACGUGCCGUCUCAGAUUUGUAGCUCUGGUAUUGAACGGAUGUACAAAAUGUGCUAUAUGUGAUGUGCCAAGAAUCUUGUACAUCACGGAAAUGAACGAAUCUGCAUUGCUUUGUAAGUAGAUUGGAUAUUUUCCUAAUUCGUUUUUGUUAAAUUGGUGCAAUUCUGCAAAAUAAAUUACUUGAGAUUUCUGA